CUUAUGGAUGGAUAAUUAUUUCUUAUGAUCAAUUGAAUAAGCAUUUUAAGUCAUUAUAGAAGUAUCUUACACAACCUAUUUUGUUAAUUAUUUAAUUUCAAUUAAUCAUUAAAUAAAUAGAGAAAAUUUUGUAAAUAAUUAGUUUCUUACCGCGACGAAGUGCGGGUCAAAAAACUAGUACGACAUAAUAAACCUUCCAGGCAAGAAUUUAGAGAGCUCUGCCCAUCUGUUGCCAUAAAUUUGAUGAGCACGAACCAAUGCCAACUCCUCAUCCUGAGUCCAAGCCUGUCUGUUAAUUGAAGGGUUAAGAUGAUUAUGCCACCUUAAAUAUAAAAAAAGCGAGUCAGGGCCAAAUGUUGGGUGGAAGUACUGGCAUUGAGUGGAAGUUUGAACAAACACAAUAAAGCAUCAAGUUAAAUUUGAAAAUCAAAAGAUGAACAAAAAAUAUUUUAAACUCAUGAAUCGGUAUCUUUUUGGUCUAUGAAUUAUAUGUUCUCCCGUGGUGAUUAUGUGUGCUGAUUUCCCUUGCUGCAGCUUGAAGGAGUGAUCAACGACGUGGAUCGAAUAAAGGUGGAGUCAGCCAAUUAACAGUUGCAGUUCUUUCAUCCGACCAGAGCAUGUAGUGGCAGAGAUUUUAUUCUAUUCAUUCGCAUUUUGGGUAUCUAUCCUUAGUCCUCUUCUCCUCAUGUCGUAUGAAUCCCAUGUUUACCUAGUGAAAAAGCUGCAACUCCAAUACUCCAUGGAAGAGAAGAAGCAUGCUGUCAAUACUUUGGAAUGGAUGGUUCCUCUGUUUAGUUUUCUACCAGCAAGGUUUUCUUCCUCUGCUUUUUUGUGAUUGGUAUUUUUUUUUAUGUUUCUUCCUUGCUUGCAAAUGAGAGUUUGAUCUAACAUUACUAUAAUUUAUUUUCAAUUUAUAAUUCAUGUUUGAUUUGAAAAGUGUGGUAAACAAAUCCUACCCUUAAUUUUUUUUCUUAACAACGGAGAACCACUUAUAUGUAGUUGUCAUUUAGAUGAUACAUGUUAAACCAUCGACCCAGGCCGUCAAUCAUCGAUUGGUUCUUUGUUACUUGGCCGGAUCAUGGACCGGAUCAAUUACAGCUUGGCUAAGCCUCCAUUUGCAUAGAGGUGGCAACGUAGCGGGUUUGGCGGAUAGUGCAUAUCCAUUAUCCUAUACAACGAACAUGUUAACAUUCAAAUGUAACAGUUUUCGCGCUUUGAAUUUGUUUUUCAAAAAGGCACUUUGCGGGCUGGAUCAUUACGGGAAGCUCAGAUCAGUGCAGAAGAGGGGACAUGGCAGAGAACUCCAACGGGGAUUCCCAAUUGCGAGAACAUGCAAGCCCGGAUUCGAUGCAUAGCUUUUCCAGGUCAAUGGCUAGGCAUUGUUCUUGAAAAUAGCAUGUGGAAUGGCUCAGGUGAGUCUCGUGCUGCCUUCGUUGAUGCUCUCAUUCGAUUAUACAAAACAACUAGGUGAUUAUAUUAUUCGUUGAUGUGUCAUAAAGAUGCCUUGACACUAGUGCAGCGUUCAGUACUGGCCAACUGGCAUCUCGAUUUUCUGCUACCAUGUGAACAUUCUGAGUCAACGUUUAGAUAUCCCCACCGGGAUCUUGAUCAAGCCGUGUAUGUAGAGUAAGUGGGUUUUGGAUCAUAAUUCAUAAUCCUCUCUUGUGCUUUCUGAAAACCUUCUGAUCCCAUUUUCUUGCAUCCUCUUCCUUCCUUUGCCUUUGGACUCUUUUUUCUUCAAAAGUUCUCUGCCAAAGAUGGCAUUUGCUGCUGCGGAAGCGAUCCUCAAGAAGUUGGCUCCCCUUGCUGCUGAGCAAGCAGGUCUCCUCUGGAGCUUGAAGAGCGAUUUCCUGAAACUGAAGAGCACGGUUUCCUCCAUACGUGCGGUGCUGUUGGAUGCCGAGAAGCGAUCGGGCGAGAACAAUCAGGUUCAAGACUGGCUCGAUAAACUGAAACAGGUGCUUUAUGAUGCUGAUGACUUGCUGGAUGAUUUCUCCACGGAGGCCCUGUUGAAGCUGCGGAGGAAUGAUGGGAAUCGCUGUCUGAACGAGGUAUGCCUCUUCUUUACGCGUUCCAACCAAUUGGUUAGUGGUCUUGUGAUGGCACAUCGGUUGAAGGCCAUCAGGAUCAAGCUGGAUGAGAUUGAUGAGAAUCGGAGGAAGUUUAAUCUUGAAACGCGCUUCCAAGAUCCGGCUGCUGCUGCGAUCAAGCGCGAGAGGCAGACCGACUCUUUUGUUCCCUAUGGAUUUGUUGGGAGAGAGGAAGAUAGCAAGAAAAUAAUUGCUAUGUUGUUGUCAUCGACCAAUGAUGAGCAAAAAAUCGAGGUUAUUCCGAUUCUUGGAAUGGGGGGUCUCGGAAAAACUGCUUUGGCUCAGUGUAUCUACAACGAUGAGACUUUGUCUACUUGUUUUCAGUUGAAAAUUUGGAUAUGUGUUUCGGAUAAUUUCGAUCAAGCACUGUUGGUGAGGAAGAUGUUGGAGUCUAUAACCCGACGUAAAUUAGAAGAUCUUGACUUGGACAUCUUGAAAGGGGAACUUAAGAAGGAGAUGGAUAAUAAGAGGUUCUUGUUAGUGUUGGAUGAUGUUUGGAAUCAUGGUGAUUACAAGGGCAAUUGGGAUAGCUUGAUGAGUUUUUGGUUGCAGGUCGGGGCAGUUGGUAGCAAAGUUAUCGUCACUACUCGUCUUGGAGAUGUCGCGAAUUACUUGACAACGAAGGGGAUUAAACCACACAAGCUGAAAGGUUUAUCUGAGGAAAAAUCAUGGUCUUUGUUUAAACAAAUAGCAUUUACUGGUGAAGUGGAAGGUGGUGAAUCAUUUGUAGAGAUAGGAAAAGUGAUCAUGAGAAGGUGCGUGGGAGUUCCUUUAGCCAUAAGGGUGAUUGCAGGUGCCCUAUCGUCUAAGAGCAACAUUAUUGAUUGGGAGAUUGUAAGAGAUAAACAAGCACUAUUAGAUGGGGACGACGAGAGAAGAAUUUUGGGUACUCUUAGAUUGAGUUAUGACAACCUGCCUUCUGAACUGAAACCGUGUUUUGUUUAUUGCAGCCUGUUUCCGAAAGAUUCUAACAUUGAUGUGAAAUUGUUGGUGCAAAUUUGGAUGGGGCAAGGAUUUAUCAACUCUAUUCGAUCGUCAUCUGCUUUAUUUGAGGUUGGAGUUGAAUAUUUCAAGAGUUUGCUGUCUAGGUUCUUUUUUCAAGAGCCAGAAAGUGAUCAAUGGGGGAAUGUAUAUCAGUGUAAGAUGCAUGAUUUGAUUCAUGACGUGGCCCUAGAGAUUUCAAGUGAUGAGAUUAUGGCUUUAAAAGCUUCAGAUUCAAUGGAAGGUAGUGUCAGCUUUGACAGGCUUCGACACAUAUCGUUCGAUUUUGAGGAAAAAUCGAGAGAAACAUGGAAAGCUCCACAAGCGUUGGCUAAUGUAACAAAACUGCGAACUUUUCUUCCUAUGAAUACAAUCUAUUAUGGCAUUGAUGGCAUCGAGGAGCAGAACUGUGAGAUGAUCUUCUCAAAUAAUACUAGGCUCAGAGUUUUAAGUCUCGACGGUGCUAAACUGGAGAGUGUGCCCCGCUCCAUCCAUAACUUGACACAUCUCAGGUACCUAGAUCUUUCUCGCAAUCCUAUGGAGGUGCUCCCCGACGAGAUUACGGUACUAGUAAAUUUAAAAGUGCUCAUACUAGAUUUUUGUGAUAAUCUCGGGCAAUUGCCAAGAGAUAUUGUGAAAUUGACUGAUCUCGAGUUUCUUAGCCUCAUUGGGUGUUCGAGUUUGAAAGGCUUGCCACUUGGUAUCGGACGGAUCACUCGCUUAAGAGAAUUGUCCCUGUUCAUUGUGCCACCUGCAUCAUACUAUUCACAUGAAGCAGUCGCUGCUAGAAUCAACGAGCUGGAGCAUCUCGACAAUCUAAGUGGGAAAUUGAAGAUCAUAAAUCUGGAAUUGGUGAAAGAUGAGGCUGAAGUGAAGGUAGCAAGUUUGUUUCGGAAGCAACAUCUUCAAGCCUUGACAUUGAAGUGGAGCACACCAAGACGAGAUUUUGUUGGCAGGGAUGUUGAGGUACUAAAGGCGUUGGAGCCACAUAAUAAUUUGAAGGAACUAGAUUUGGAUGGUUAUGGCGGUCGCAGUCUACCUAGCUGGUUCUCUACUUCUCUCCAGAAUCUGAUUCGCUUGACAUUGUCUGAUUUAGGUCGCUUAGAGUACAUCGAGGAUGACGCUGGUCAGUUUCUUCCAUGCUUGAUAUCUCUCCGCAUUCACAACUGCCCCAGGCUAGUAAGCUGGAGGUCAACCACAGAGAUAGAAAUGCCGCAGGUCCCUUGUCUUUCAGAUCUCCGCAUUGAGAAGUGCCCGAAACUGGUACGACUUCCUCAUUUUUCGGUGGGUAUUGAAAUUUUUUACUUAAGAAAUGUUGACCGCAAACUGUUGGACCAGUUUGUUGCCUCACUUCCACCACCCAGCUCCCCUUCGCGGUUGAAAAGACUGACAAUCGAGGGGAUAAGAGGCCUUCGAAUUUUGCCGCAAGGUUUAUUGCCACAUCUUGAAUUCCUUGAAUUUUUGUGGAUAGGGAAUUUCCCGAUCCUUACGAAUCUGUCUCCACCGGCUACUAGUCAACAACAACAUCUCACUUCCCUCCAGUUCUCUGUCCUUCCAAACCUCCGUGAAUUUUAUAUAUGUAAUCUUCCAAGGAUGAAGAGUCUACCAGAGUGGCUUCAGCAUUCCUCUAACUUGCAGAUGUUGUGGAUACGUAGGUGUGGCGGUCUCAAGUGCUUGCCAAAAUGGCUACCCAAGCUCACAGCGCUAGAUACUCUGGAUAUAGAUGGCUGUCAUUUUCUAUCAGCCAGAUUGAAGAGUAGAAUGGCCGAGGACUGGCACAAAGUUGCUCACAUUCGGAAUAUUGAAAUUAAUGACAUGACAGUUCAAGAGGAUGGUAACUACGUGAGAGUAGAAGAACCAGCAGACGAAAACCAACUUCAAGAACAAGAAGCAAGUGGAAGAGAAGAAGAAGAAGAAGAAGAAGAACUAUUCAUUGAAGAAGAAGAAGAUGAUGAUCAUGCUAGCGAAGGCGAGGGAGAAGAAGACGAUGAUCAUGAGGGCGAGCUCGAGGAAGAAGCAGAAGGACCAUCCCUGGGCAUUCCGUCUCCAAGGUACAUUCUUCUUAACUACAUAAAUGAACAUAUUCUUUUGAACUAAUAUAAAAGCGGUCUCCAACAACAUUCCUUGACUUUUGUCACUGCAGAAUGUGGUCAAAUUGCAUUGCGAGAUUGACUUGUAACCUAUUCCAGAGAUGCUUUCUGGGUUAGUUACCAAACGUUCUCUCUCGGGUAUUUUGACGCAUAUACAAGAGAUUUAUCGCAACCUGCAUACAUAUCCGAUAAACUAGUGAUCAGUAU